UAGGCUUCGCUCUGCCUGUCCCGGAAUAGUAUUCAACUGAACAAAGGUCUCCUCAUAACAAAGAUCUCCUCAGAACAAAGAUCUUCUUAGAACAAAGAUCUCCUAUAUAAGCCAAAGAAUGUGUGACGAAGGCACGAUCAGGGACUGCGAGCCCACCACUUUGCGGCUUCCUUUCAACAGCUACCACAUCAAUUUGCCGCUUUAUAUUUUGGACAUGGUGCGCAUCUUCCAGGAUCAUCCCAAAUACAGCAAUGGUAUCCAUGAGGAGCACAUCCUGGAGAUGCUGGAAAAGGAACCCUUUUCGUGUGGGGAUCUGGACUCGCAAGUGAAAACCGCUCUGCUGGACCUCACCGCCAAGGGCUUCAUACGCUUCAUUACCAAUGGAUACCGCACUCUGGGACCCAUCGCCAAGCUCUCCAAUGCCCGUUCCGUGCGCCACUUCAACAUGACAUGGCAGCGCAUUGCCGAGCUGCAGAAGGUCAACUGCCCGAGCUUGGAGGCGGGAUCCAUCUCCAGCGGACCCUGCACCCAGCGUGCAUCCAACUACUGACGUUUUUCAUUGCUUCGUUGUGUUAACCAUUUCGUUUAUUGAGUUCCGUUCCAUCCAAAGCAGCAGUAACACUCCACGCACACACACUAUUUCCAAAUUGUAAUCGUCUAGUAAAAUUCCUGCAAAUCCAA